CAUUGCCUCAGUCUGUCAGUGUGCCGGCAGCAAUAUGUCCUCUCUGUCUGUUCUUCCACCGCAAUGUCUGUUACAGCCUUUAAUCGUUCCCAAACGACUUAUGCUCGGACCAGGACCGUCCAAUGUACCCGCACGGAUCUCAGCAGCCGGAGCACAGCCCAUGCUGGGCCACCUGCAUGCAGAAACCAUUGAGAUUAUGAAUCAGAUCAAGAGUGGCAUUCAGUAUGCGUUUCAGACCCAGAACCGAGUGACUCUGGCUGUUAGUGGACCGGGUCAUGCUGCUAUGGAGUGUGCCAUCUUUAACUCACUGGAGCCCGGAGAAAGUGUCCUCAUAGCAGUCAAUGGCAUAUGGGGGGAGAGGGCUGCGGAGAUCGCCGAGAGGAUAGGUGCCAAGGUGAACACAGUUGUAACCUCUGCUGGUGGGUACUUUACAAAUGAGGAAAUUGAGCAGGCAUUAGACAAAUACAGGCCAGUGGUGUUCUUCCUCACACAUGGAGAAUCCUCCACAGGAGUGGUCCACCCCAUAGAUGGCAUAGGUGACCUUUGCCACAAGUACAACUGUUUAUUUCUGGUUGAUUCAGUAGCGGCGUUGGGAGGUACUCCUAUUUGCAUGGAUGAGCAAGGUAUAGAUAUUAUGUAUACUGGCUCUCAGAAGGUCUUGAACGCCCCUCCAGGAACUGCACCAAUCUCCUUCAGUGAGAGAGCAUGCCAGAAAAUAUUUAACAGAAGGACAAAACCAAUCUCUUACUUCUUGGACAUGAGCUGGUUGGCAAAUUAUUGGGGUUGUGAUGACAAGCCUGUACGCGCUUAUCACCACACCGGACCUAUAACUUCUUUCUACGGUCUGCGGGAGAGUCUGGCCAUCCUCGCAGAGACUGGUCUUGAAAACUCAUGGAAACGACACAAAGAGGUCGCAGAGUACUUCCAUAAAGGCUUAGAAGAAAUGGGCCUAAAACUGUUUGUGCAGGAUAAGAAAGCAAGACUGCCAACAGUGACCACAAUAGUAGCUCCCCCGGGAUAUGACUGGCGAGAAAUCACUGGCUACAUAAUGAAGACCUAUAACAUUGAAAUCUCUGGGGGUCUGGGACCAUCUGCCGGCAUGGUUUUGCGUGUGGGACUGAUGGGAUGUAACAGCAGCAAGGCCAAUGUGGACAUGUUGUUGGAGGCCUUGGCUGAUGCUCUUAAACACUGUCACAAGAGCAGAGUCUGACAGCUCGACUGCUCAUCAAUAACAAGUCCAGCUUUUAACCCUAUAUCAGUGGGUUUCAGUUGUUUUUAGUGACAACACCCUUUGAAAGUAGAGAAAUUUGUUCUGCCCCUCCUUAAAAAAACCAAACAUAUUAUAGCUGAUACUUAAAAACGAGGGGAAAUAUACUAUACUAGUUGUUAUGUUACGUUUUUAUUGAAGAACUGCUAUAAAACAAAAUUAACUUUU